GUACCGAGACAGCCUCAGGGUCUGUCUCAGUGACUGUCACUCUGUGAUACCGAAAGCUGCCCCGUCUCUCUCCACUUUUAGCUUUGAGUGGGGAGUGCCGUGUGGAUCACUGCUGGACGCUGAUGUCGCCGGGCAAACUACUGCAGCUGACCUACAGUCUUUCGUGGUUAGAGGGGACUUUCAAGCUCAUGAACCGCUUCUAUUCCAGCCCUGCCAAAUUCCAGGCUCUGCUUCCACAGCUCCACAGCCGAAGAACUCACUACUGGAUGUCAAUCAUGCAUCCAGUGCGCGCGCUUCCAUGGACUUCUGACCGGCGCCUGACCUUGAUUUGGAAAGGAUGAGGUGCGGGAAGAAGCAGGAGGAGCAGAGACUUGACCGACGCACUAAGUUCCUUUAAUGGCAGAGGAACAGAGGAAAGUAACGGACCUCAAACUCGUCGAUAGUUAGCCUUAGGCGACGCUCGGGUUGAGACAAGAAGACGCCUGCGCAGUAGACAUAAAGUUCUGGCACGCUCUGACGUUUGGAGUGAAGAGCCGCAGUUUCAAGGACCCGGAUAAUCCCGCCCACAGAGCAGAGCCGGAAGAAGGCGGGACUAGUCAGCCGGAAGGAGGCUCAAUGCUUUGGGUAGUCUCUUCAUGGCUGUGAAGAUGGCGGUAGCUGCGUGGCUUCAGGUGUCUCCUGUCGUCUUUCUUCUUUUGGGGGCGCAGCCGUUCCCACUGUCGCUUUUUGGUGCAGGACCAGCACCCGUGUUUGCCGCAGAUAGAUCAAAGUGGCACAUUCCGAUGCCGUCGGGGAAAAAUUAUUUUAGUUUUGGAAAGAUUCUUUUUAGAAAUACUACCAUCUUAUUGAAAUUUGAUGGAGAGCCUUGUGAUCUGUCUUUGAAUAUAACCUGGUUUCUGAAAAGUGCUGAUUGCUACAAUGAGAUCUAUAGCUUCAAGGCAACUGAAGUAGAGAAAUAUUUGGAAAAUCUCAAGGACAAAAAAGGCUUGUCUGGGAGAUACCAAACGUCAUCAAGAUUAUUUCAGAACUGUAGUGAACUCUAUAAAGCCCAGAGCUUUUCUGGGGAUUUUAUGCAUCGACUCCCUCUUUUAGGAGAAAAACAGGAGGCUAAGGAGAAUGGAACAAAUCUUACCUUUACAGGGGACAAAACUGCAUUGCAUGAACCAUUGCAGACUUGGCAAGAUGCACCGUACAUUUUUAUUGUGCAUGUUGACAUUUCGUCCUCAAAGGAAUCACCAAAAGAAAAUGCACUGAGUAAUCUUUUUAUCAUGACUGUUGAAGUAAAGGGUCCCUAUGAAUACCUCACUCUUGAAGACUACCCGCUGAUGAUCUUUUUCAUGGUGAUGUGUAUUGUGUACGUCCUAUUUGGUGUUCUCUGGCUGGCAUGGUCUGCUUGCUACUGGAGAGAUCUCCUGAGAAUUCAGUUUUGGAUUGGUGCUGUCAUCUUUCUGGGAAUGUUUGAGAAAGCCGUUUUUUAUGCAGAAUUUCAGAAUAUCCGAUACAAAGGUGAAUCAGUCCAGGAUGCCUUGGUCCUUGCAGAGCUGCUCUCAGCAGUGAAACGCUCACUGGCUCGAACCCUGGUCAUCAUAGUCAGUCUCGGAUAUGGCAUAGUCAAGCCUCGUCUUGGAGUCACUCUUCACAAAGUCGUGGUGGCAGGAGCACUCUAUCUUUUGUUCUCUGGCAUGGAAGGAGUCCUCAGAGUUACAGGGUAUUUUCCUUACUCCUUGGCUCUGACAGUAAGCCUGGCCCUCUCUGCAGUUGAUGCCUGUAUUAUUUUAUGGAUAUUCAUUAGCCUGACGCAAACAAUGAAGCUGUUAAAACUUCGGAGGAACAUUGUAAAGCUUUCUUUGUAUCGGCAUUUCACCAAUACGCUUAUCUUAGCAGUGGCAGCAUCUAUUGUGUUUAUCAUCUGGACAACCAUGAAGUUCAGAAUAGUGACUUGCCAGUCGGACUGGCGGGAGCUGUGGGUGGAUGAUGCCAUUUGGCGGUUGCUGUUUUCCAUGAUCCUCUUUGUCAUCAUGAUUCUCUGGCGACCAUCAGCAAAUAACCAGAGGUUUGCCUUUUCACCAUUGUCAGAGGAAGAUGAAGAGGAUGAACAGAAGGAACCAAUGCUGAAGGAAAGUUUUGAAGGAAUGAAAAUGAGAAGUAGCAAGCAGGAACCAAAUGGAAAUAGUAAAGUAAACAAAACACAGGAAGAUGAUUUGAAAUGGGUAGAAGAGAAUGUUCCUUCAUCCGUGACUGAUGUAGCACUUCCGGCCUUGCUGGAUUCAGAUGAGGAGCGAAUGAUCACACACUUUGAGAGGUCGAAGAUGGAGUGAGCAGUGGGAAGCCGCCGUUGAAGAUGGCUCAUGUCAGGGAAGACGCCAGCUUAUGUGUCAGUCUUCUGCACGCCCGCGAGAUUAAAGGAGGCAAAGAUA